CCUAAUAAAAGAAAUGCCAAGUUCAUGAUCUUAUAAUUAAAAUGGAACUAACCUAUAAGUAGAAUCAAACCUUGAUAACUCUAUCUGUCUUCGCUGUAUUCUGAUUAGUCAUACUAAUAAGAGUUUAAUAAUAAUGGAUAUCGGAGUUGACAUCCCCAAGAUAGCAUUAUUCAUCAUGCUUCUGGUCUUGAGUCCCCAGAUUGAGUGCCAGACUUGGAGGCAGCCAAAUACACCAAUGUCACCUUUCCCGCCAAUACAACCUACUCCCCUCUGUGCAUCUCAGUUUGCACUGGCAAAUCAUGCAUGUGCGAGGCUUCCAUUUAACCCCAUCUCUCCUCCAUCCCCUCAUCAUCAUCUACAUGAUUCACCAUCUGCUAAUUCCGAUGCUCCUGAAUCUUCUCCCACCCCAUCUCACAGACACAGGCACAGCCACCACCACCACAGUCCACCAGAAUCACCUGUUGUACAGGAAUGUUGCCGAUGGUUGCAACAAAUAGACAGUGGAUGUGUUUGUGAUCUACUAGUUCGCUUGCCUAUCUUCCUUGCCAAACCUGGGCACCAGUAUACUGUUAAGGUUGAUAGUUCAUGCACUGUCAUGUAUUCAUGCCCAGGAAGAAUCAUCUCACCGUGAUUCAUCAAAAAGCAUCAAUUAUGAAUGGCUAAUAAAUCAGGGGUAGUGUUUAAUUAUGUCUAGGAUUUGUAAGCCAAAAUUCUGUUUGUUUUUAUACUUGUUAUUCCACAUAGUCGUACUAUGUCAUACUAUUGUAAUCUAUAGGAUGUUGAUCUACAAAUUAAGUGCUUUCGUGAUGAUAA